AUGGGAGUACGUGGUCUGACACCACUCCUGAAGCGAUAUGCCCCGCGCUCCUUGUCGUCCAUUACAGCAAACGAUCUAAGAUCCUCAUCCCUUGCCGUCGACGCUAGCUGUCAUCUCAACAAGUUCGUGCAUGCCGCUGAACCAUACGCGUAUCCGCAUAUUAGCGGGUUCUUUGCCCUUGCUCGAUUCUGCACUCACCACAACAUAACUCCAAUAUUCGUUUUUGACGGCUCGACCAGACUAAAACAGAAGUAUCUGGAGCAACAAAGGCGCGCCAAAGUCAAGUCUAAAGUUCAGUAUUCUUUGGCAUUUGAACAGGAUCGUCAGCGCAGGCUAGCGGACUGGCUGUCCGUUAUUCGUUCGCUAACACGAGACCCAAGUUUACCCGACGUGCGAAAAGCUAUAGAAACUAUGCAGGAAAAAGGCCUCAGCAUGUCAGGAGAAGAAGCAACAGCCAUUGUCUUGGAUAUUCAACAUGACUCCGCCAGCACAGACAAGUAUCUUGGUGGCAAGCAGUUGCAGGAAAAACUUUUGCAAAUUGCAAACGAGUUACGUGAUUCUCUAUCGCUUUCAUCAGACCAUGAAAAAUACACCAGGACGGUGCGUCAGCUAUCUGACCGUGAGCAAGCUAUUAUGGACGCCUUGAUUGAAGAGAAACUAAUCAAGAUAAAGGCCUCUUUGAGUGACCUGAGCGCGGAAAACCACAACCAGCUGGUGUCUCUUGAGAAGCGGUCCGUUGUGAUAACUCAAAAAAUGAAGGAUGAAUGUAUGGAUUUCUUGAAUGCCCUCGGCUACACCUGUCUGGUGUGUGAUGACCAUGAAGCGGAGGCAAUGUGUGCAAACCUUUGUGCAUCACGGAUAACUUCAGCAACUAUAACUGAAGAUUUGGAUGCUCUUGUUUUCGGCGAUUCGCCUAUUCUUCGUCACUUUUUUGCCCCUAAUCGCCCUAUUCUUCGAAUCGAUCCAAUUAUUGCCAGGCGUGAACUAAGACUGUCGAAAAAAUCCUUUGUCGACUUUUGUAUACUGUGUGGCACAGACUUUAACUCGACUAUCAAAGGGAUCGGUGCUGUCCGUGCUCUACAGUAUAUGCAACAAUAUGGCUCUAUAGAGGCGAUGCUACCACAUUUACCCAAGCAGUAUUGUCCAACAGAAAACUUCUUCUAUAAAGAAGCUCGAGAGGUAUUUCAAUCAGCACCAGUCAUACCGAAUAUCACCAUGCGGAAACCGGUCGACUUAAAGGACGUAGCCGAUCUAUUAAGAAAUUACGAAAUUGAUGCGGAUGAAGUGGAGGAGAGAUUGCAAAUUAGGUCACUGCAUCAUAACCAGUCAAAUCAGGCUGGCUGGGGAGUUGAUCCAUUCGCAAUACAGACAUGA